UCUCAAACUCCAGAGAGAAGAAACCGCGGGCGGGCGAGCCCAAGCUCCGGCGGCCGCCCACGAUUUUCCCCUCCUCCCACACCGGGCAGCGGCUCUGGCUUCCACCGCCUUUAUUUCGCCCAUGGCGCCGGCUCUCUCCUCCUAAACGCUGAUUCCAAUCCACCAUGGCUGCGCUGGCGCCACCGACCACAAGCUCCAAGCCGCCCCUUCCCCCGCGCCUCGCCUUGCCGCUCGCCCUCGCGCUCCUCCUCGCUCUCGCAUUCGUCGCCGACUUCCUCUCCUAUUCCUCCGCCAUCAGCCCGGCCGUCUCCCCAUCUUCCAAGACGGUGAAGGAGGGUAGUACGAAGCUUCGCAAUGGAUCACAGCCGGUGAGGCACCUCAACGCGACGUUCUCGGACCUGCCGGCGCCGCACUGGGAGUGGGAAGAGAUGCCACCGGCGCCCGUGCCCCGGCUUGACGGGGCGUCCGUGCAGAUCGGGGACCUCUUCUACGUCGUCGCUGGGUACGAGAGCCUCGACCAUGUCCAUUCUCACGUGGAUGUGUACAAUUUCACUUCUAACACAUGGACUGGGAGGUUUGAUAUGCCCAAGAAGAUGUCAAAUUCACAUUUAGGUAUGGCCUCAGAUGGGAGAUACAUCUAUGCAGUGUCUGGACAAUUUGGUCCACAGUGUCGGCCAGCUGUGAGCCGUAAUUUUGUUCUAGACACAAAGUUAAGGAAGUGGGACGAAAUGCCUCCUUUACCUGUUCCUAGGUAUGCAUUUCAGCCUAUAAUAACCUGUUCCGUAGACUCAAAAUUGGUGCAUAUGCGUUGCUGUCAUAUUCGUUUGUUGGCUGCUAUUAGUAUCUACAUGUUCUUUCUGACUUUAUUCUCUUCAAGCAUUGCCGAUCCAUUUUACUGCUUAUCACACACAAAAGGCACGGCAGUUGCAUAAUCCAACAGUGAUAGUCACAUUCGUUUGUAAUUUAGUGUCAUGCUAAUGUCAUAACUGAUAUUUGCUCAUAUCCCAAGAGUCAAAAUGGACUACUUGUUGAGUAAAUAGGCAAUUUCCCGAAUAGAUUAAUCCACGAGACAAUCACUAACAUGACAUUGACUAGAUUCAUGACAUACUAAUUACGGAACAGACUAGCAAGUACUACGCAUGUAGCAGGAACAUCUACGCAUAUAGCUAGUACUACUAGGGCUAAAAUAAACAGGAACGGGAUAAACGAGUUAUACCCUCCGAUCGGCCACUUGGCCGUAGCAGCAGCGGUGGCGGCGGCAG